GCGCCCGGCCCGCGCCCCCGCGGUGGCGCUGGCGGUGGCGAUGGCAGCGGCCGCGCCGGGCCGGGCCCGAGCCGGGCCGAGGAGGGGCUGAGCCGCGGGGGAUCCUGGAAUCGCAGGGCGGUGGGGAUUCUGGGAGGAAAACUGCACUUCCUCCGUCCCCGCCGGCGGCUCCCCUCCACCCCGGCACCCCAAGUUCGGUGCGCCGCCGCCGGGCCGCAGGGCGUCGGGGUCGAGCGCGGCGGCGGCGCGGCCGGGAACAUGCUGGGCAUGUACGUGCCGGACAGGUUCUCCCUGAAGUCCUCCCGCGUGCAGGACGGGAUGGGGCUCUACACCGCCCGCGGCGUGAGAAAGGGUGAAAAGUUUGGACCUUUCGCUGGAGAAAAGAGAAUGCCUGAAGACUUGGAUGAAAAUAUGGAUUACAGGUUGAUGUGGGAGGUUCGUGGGAGUGAGGGAGAAGUUUUAUACAUUCUGGAUGCCACCAACCCACGGCACUCCAACUGGCUUCGCUUCGUCCACGAGGCACCGUCGCAGGAGCAGAAGAACUUGGCUGCCAUUCAGGAAGGGGAAAACAUUUUCUAUUUGGCAGUUGAAGACAUAGAAACAGACACAGAACUUCUGAUUGGCUACCUGGAUAGCGACAUGGAGGCUGACGAGGAAGAACAGCACAUUAUGACAGUCAUCAAGGAAGGGGAAGUUGAAAAUUCUGAAUCCACACCUGGCAGGAAAGGUCGCCCUGGCAGUCAAGAAGACUGUGCCUGUCCUCAUUGCGAGUCGAGUUUUACCAGUGAGGACAUUCUUGCUGAGCAUCUUCAGACGCUGCACCAGAAGCCCACAGAGGAGAAAGAAUUUAAGUGCAAGAACUGUGGGAAGAAAUUCCCAGUUAAGCAGGCUUUGCAAAGACAUGUUCUUCAGUGCACAGCGAAAAGCAGUCUGAAGAAUUCUUCGCGAGGUUUUCAGUGCUCUGUUUGCAAUUCUUCCUUCAGUUCAGCAUUGAGUUUUGAGCAGCAUCAAGAGACUUGCCGGGGGGAUUCCAGGUUCGUGUGCAAGGCCGGCAGCUGUGGGAAGAGGCUGAAGAGCAAGGAUGCCCUGAAAAGGCACCAGGAGAAUGUCCACACUGGAGAUCCUAAGAAAAAGCUCAUAUGUUCAGUGUGCAAUAAAAAGUGUUCAUCAGCAUCAAGCCUACAGGAACAUAGAAAGAUUCAUGAGAUAUUUGAUUGUCAAGAAUGUAUGAAGAAAUUUAUUUCGGCUAAUCAGCUAAAACGUCAUAUGAUCACGCACUCAGAAAAACGCCCCUAUCAUUGCGAGAUUUGCAAUAAGUCUUUCAAGAGGCUCGACCAAGUGGGUGCCCACAAAGUAAUACACAGCGAAGACAAACCUUACAAGUGCAAGCUUUGUGGAAAGGGAUUUGCCCACAGAAAUGUUUACAAGAAUCACAAGAAGACCCACUCUGAGGACAGACCAUUCCAGUGUGAGGAGUGCAAAGCUUUGUUCCGGACCCCAUUUUCUUUGCAGAGACACUUGCUAAUACAUAACAGUGAGAGGACUUUCAAGUGUCAUCACUGCGAUGCUACCUUUAAAAGGAAGGAUACGUUAAAUGUUCAUGUCCAAGUGGUCCAUGAAAGACACAAGAAAUACAGGUGUGAGCUAUGUAAUAAGGCAUUUGUUACACCUUCAGUGCUUAGAAGUCAUAAGAAAACUCAUACAGGAGAAAAGGAGAAAGUCUGCCCAUAUUGUGGCCAGAAAUUUGCUAGCAGUGGCACGCUGAGGGUUCACAUCCGAAGCCACACAGGUUUUCUUUCCUGUAGGACGUUAUACUGAGGAUUUUCAUGUUUAAUACCUUUUCCUUUUCUUCCAACUUUAUUAAGAUCUUAAAUUGUUGAACAUGUGAAAUGUUCUUAACCAAAUUUUAUAAACAUAUUCUUGGUUGACGGUUAAUAAGGAAUUAAUUUAAUAUCAUGAUGUUUGUCAUAAUUAUAAUUAUGGGAUUUUUAAAAUGUAUUUAUUUGGGGAAAAUACAUUUUAGAUGGCUAUGUUCUUGACUAAGUCUUCCUUUUAAUAAAUGUUUAAAGGGGAACUCAGUUGAAAAAAUCUUUUCUGGUGGUAUUUAAAAUUCUGAACUAUGUAUGUACUGCUAAUUUCUUUUUUGAAAUUAAAUUGUAGUGACUUCCAAAAUACCUUUUAUAAAUUUAGUUUGCUUUGUCACAUCAAAACUUGUCCUAGGCUUUUAAAAUUUUACUACCUUCUUUAUUAAGCAUAAAUACAAAGUAUGUUUGAUUUAUAAGUCCAAAAGAGGUUAUGGGCAUAAAGUUUGUUUUAUAAAAAGAAUAUUGUCCUGUUCCUAGAAGAACUGUUUAGAAUAGCAAAAUAUUGGAAAAGAGUCUAUAUAUAUCUAAUAUUGAAGGGGCUGGAUAAAUAAAUUAUGGCAUAUCUAUAAAUUGGAAUAUUAUGUAAAUAAUAAAAAUGAUAUUAUAACUAUAUAUUAAUUAUCAUGAAAAGAGACGAGACAGAUAAAUUAUAAAAGUGGAGUGAUAUAUUUUUAUAAGAAUAAAACUUUUGUUUAUUAAAGUCUGAGAUUA